AUGUCCCUCAACGGAUCCAAAAUGUCCACGAGCCCACCUGUAACUAAAGAGGCGCCUGCGGGGUUUUCUACAGAUAUAACUAGCAAUUCACAUCCUGUGACUGCUGAUAUUGAACCCUCAUCUAGUCAAACUCUCCCAAGCUCCGUACUCGGCGAUGGACGCCCAACCUCCCCCCGACUUUUGCGCCGCGAUGAUGUUGAAGAACUACCAAUCAACGAACGGACAUGUCUAUUGCAGAACUAUGGAAUUUUAUUAGAAUCCGGUGUUCAGGGGCUAGGAAACGGAAACAGCGUUAAGGUCUUCGAUUAUAGCGUUGAACAUCUAGAUGAUGGUCACUCUCAUCAGAAAGAUGGGAAUCAAGAAAUGACUAAGAGGGAGACGGAUAAGCAGUCAGAAGCUUCACUGGAAUCUUUCGUGGAACUUGAUAGCUUCCGUGAGCUAUGGCAUAAUCCUGACCCCAAAAACGAUAGCUUGAUAUAUCUACGAGUUAUGGACUUUUCUAAUGUUGAGAAUGCCGCCCAAGGAUUUCUACCAAAUGCGAAGAAGAUGCUCCAACAAGAAAUGGAGAGCAAUAUUUACAGGAUGCUGUAUGACAAGAAUAAGAAAUCAAUAGUUACUAAAGACCCCGAAUUCAUUGAUGAUUUGGAGGCUCCUAGUAACUCCGACUCUAAAAAAGGCAAAGAUGUAGGCAAGCCAACUGGCGACUCUCAUAGAAACAGCUGGGAUUAUUCAGAAAUCACCAUUAAAGAUCAAAAUGCGGACCCCGAACUUGUCAAAAACGCCAAGAAGAUAGCGGAGGAAGAGAUGAAGCGGUUCAGUAAGAUUCUAAUGCCUGCGAACCUUCCUACCUUGAAGUCUAGCACUCCCGUAUUUUUCAACUGUUCAGACGAAGGACAGGCUUUAGUUCUUGGGGUCUCCCUGCCCUACUUCAGCCUUGGAACGUCCAUAAAAAGCGAUAUGCCUGAAAGUUUCAGUUUGCCUGAGUACAUGUCUCUGGGGCGCGAUAAAAAUAAGCUUGAUAAUCCAGUCUCGUUAUCUUCAGAAACAAAGGAAGCUAGAGUUCACAAAGCCUUAUUGAUGGUUAUUAACAAUGAGAUGAUAGCAAUAUUUAGAUCUAAAGAAGACGGACAACCGGGGCGGCCACCACCACUGUUUCAGUAUCAAGAAAGACAUGGCGCUUACCGCUCGCUAGUCACAAUUAUUUCUAAUGUCCUUAAAUGUCCACAAAAGAAGAUUUUCAAUUUCUUUGAGGACAAGCUAUGCGAACAACAAUACAUAGUCACACGCCGCAUGAGCUCUUUAACCUCCACUGAUGACAUCAGCAUAAUCUCAAAUCUUGAGAGACUUAAUACGGAUAUAUCAGCGCUAAAUAUCGGAGUGAAAUCACAAAUAGAAAUUUUGAAAGAACUUCGACAAAUUUACGAAAACACUUUCUACCAGGAGAAUACCUACGACAGAAAUUCAAUGAAGAUACCGAUGCUCUGGGAGAUGAAGGAACAAAUAAGACCCGCACUGCCGACAAUUGAUAAGAUAAUCGGAGAAAGGAAACUAUUUUACGAAAACCUCAAAGAUUUAGUCAAGGGUGUGAGGAAACUACAAAAAUCUUUUUGUAGUUUUAUAGAGGUGGAAAUGGCAAUGAAUACGACUAAGGGGGUCCAAGAUGCGAUACAAGAAAUCGGAAAUAAAAGAAUUCCCGAUCAAACCAUCACAAUCGUGCAUGCGAUUGAAAAUCAAACGAAAGAGGCCGGGGGACACACCGGUGCUGUCAUCUAUCAAAAUCGAAUAAUCCAAAAGCAAGCUCGAGUAAUGACAGCAUUGAUGUUCAUAACCAUGGUGUUCUUGCCAUUAUCAUUCUUCGCUUCGUAUCUUGGCAUGAACGAAGGAUGGGUUCACAGAGCGAAGUCAGAACACACAAUCUUUUGGGCAAUCUCCGCGCCUGUUACACUUGUUAUUGGGAUCCUAACUUGCUGGUUUGACCAUGUCUACGAGGAUUGGCCUCAAAAAUGGAAGGAACUAACUACGGGGAAAAAAUCUGAAGCCGAUAUUGAGAAGGCUGCAAUUGAAACAUGUUAUGGAACAGCGAACGCAACACCUACACCGUGA